GUCUCCGGGCGGGCGGACUGCUCGUGCCCUGGGCUCGGACCCCCUCCCUGCGCGGCCCCCGGGCCCGGCGGGCUCCGAGGGAGCGCGAGCGGCCGCGGCUGCCCCUGCCCCUGCCCCUGCUGCCGCCGCUGCCCUCCGGGGGGUGGCCCGGCCCGCGCAGUCCAUGCGAUUCGGGAUUAAAGUUUGCGCUCGGCGCAGGAGUCCCCAAGAUGCCGUUCCACCCGGUCACCGCGGCGUUGAUGUACCGGGGCAUCUACACCGUGCCCAACAUCCUGUCCGAGCAGCGGCCCGUGGAGAUCCCCGAGGACGAGCUGGAGGAGAUCCGUGAGGCCUUCAAAGUGUUUGACAGAGACGGGAAUGGCUUCAUCUCCAAGCAGGAGCUGGGCACUGCCAUGCGCUCCCUGGGCUACAUGCCCAACGAGGUGGAGCUGGAGGUCAUCAUCCAGCGGCUGGACAUGGACGGCGACGGCCAAGUGGACUUCGAAGAGUUUGUGACCUUACUGGGGCCCAAGCUGUCCACCUCGGGGAUCCCUGAGAAGUUCCACGGGACCGACUUUGACACUGUGUUCUGGAAGUGCGACAUGCAGAAGCUGACCGUGGAUGAGCUGAAGCGGCUGCUCUACGACACCUUCUGCGAGCAUCUCUCCAUGAAGGACAUCGAAAACAUCAUCAUGACGGAGGAGGAGAGCCACCUGGGCACGCCCGAGGAGUGCCCCGUCGACGUGGAGACCUGCUCCAACCAGCAGAUCCGCCAGACGUGCGUCCGCAAGAGCCUCAUCUGCGCCUUCGCCAUUGCCUUCAUCAUCAGCGUCAUGCUGAUCGCGGCCAACCAGGUCCUGCGCAGCGGCAUGAAGUAGCUGACGGCGGGGGGCUGGGGAGGAUGGGCCGCCGGCCCCGCCCCGCCCCCCAUCGAGCCGCGGCCAGGGGCCCCGCCCCCCACCGAGCCGGCCGCGCCCGGGGCCCCGCCCCCCCGGGAGAAGCGCUGGGGGCUGCCCGGGGUCUCGGCCGGCGGAGCAUGAGGCCCCCGUGCAUGGCUGUGGUGCCCAGCGCAUGUCCGUGCAUGGGGGCCCUCCCCGGUGUAACUCCGAGUGACGCGACCCUGUGUGCCAUAGGAUAUACUCUCCAUACAAUAUAAUCCCUCUAUAUCUAUCUAUCUACGAUAAAAACACCAAAACCAUCGGUGAAGCAAUACAACCCCCUCCCCCCCCGUAACCCGUGGGCCCUGCAUGGACCAGGGAGGCGGGACAGAGGCAGCCCCCUGGCCCUGGGACAGAGAGCCGGCCCCUCCGUGGGACAGAGUGCCCACCCCUCCCAGGUCCGUCUGGGACCCGGGGGAGGGCGGAGAAGUGCACGGUGGGGGGCCGCCCGGAAGCCAGCCCCCUCCUCCUUCCACCAGGGCAGAGGGCGAGCCCUCGAGGCUGGGGGAUUCUGGGAGAGGACCCCGCGCCUGCACCCACCCCCUUCCCUGUCUGGUUCCCCGCCCCCCUCUUCCGUCCGUCUGUUUCCUGGUGUGAUUGCUGGUUCUCUAGCCUGUAUGUAGCAUCACCUUGUUCCUGUCUGUUUGGGGGUGUUCAAUCUCAAUAAAGAUGGAAUUUAUAUAUGGGUUCAGUAGCCCCAGAGAUAA